UAUCGCUCGCCGCGUCUGAGGGCUACUACUUAGGGAGAGGAAACCGCCUUUGCUUCUCCCAAUUUUAUGAGCGAAAAAUUUUCUCGGGAAACAAAUUCCAAAUACGAGAGAGAAAUUCAGUGGAUCAUAUGCAAAAUUCAAACAUGACAGAUUACGACGGGAGAUACGAAGGUAAUGGAGAAGACGCGGACAAUUAUGGCGAUUGUUUUUCUCUCCAAGCUCUUGCUUCUUCGCUCCACGAUACUCACAGCGAUUCGAAAUCUCAGGCUACCAGACAUGCUCGGUGUGUGUAUGUGGAAGGGCUACCCCCAACAGCAAACGAACAGUCUGUUGCAACAUUUUUCAGUCAGGUUAUGGCUGCAAUAGGAGGAAACACCACUGGCCCUGGAGACGUGGUUUUGACAUGUUUGCAUAAAUCAUGAGAAAAAGUUUGCUUCUGUGGAGAUGAGAUCCGUUGAGGAAGCAAGUAAUGCAAUGGCCUUGGACGGGAUCAUCUUUGAGGGAGUGCCUGUUAAGGUGAGAAGACCUAGGGAUCACAAUCCUUCACUUGCAGCAACACUUGGUCGGAGCCAAUUGAAUCCAAAUCUGAACCUAACUGCUGUCGGCCUAACGCCAAAAUUUGCCAAGGGGCCAGAUUGCAUCUUUGUGGGUGGACUUCCUUGUUACUUCACAGAAGCGCAGGUCAGAGAGUUGCUGGAGACUUUUGGGCCCCUGCGAGGUCUUGAUUUGGUGAAAGAUAGAGAGACUGGAAAUUCGAAAGGCUACGCGUUUUGUGUUUACCAAGAUCUUUCAGUCACAGACAUAGUCUGUUUGGCCCUCAACGACAUUAAAAUGGGCGAGAAGACACUCACGGUUCGGCGUUUUAUGUCAUGUAUUUAGUAUUGUAUGUUGUUUACCUUUUCUUGUACUUUUGGUGGCUGAGUGACUCAUUACUACUUUGCAUGUUUGUGUCUACUAUAGGCAAGGUACAAAGUUCACAUCAUUAGGAAACUCUUUUGGGUUUGGGUUGAGGGAUUAAUUUGUAAGGUAUUCCUUACUGUCAUGAUAUUCAAAAUGCAAAGUCGAGGCCAAUGGCCAUACAAACAUCCAA